AUGCGCCUUGUCGAGCUCGUGGCUGUACCGAUACACCAGAUCGGUGUGCUUCUGUUUCUGUCAGCUUCUAAGAUCCUCAGCGAGGACGAGAUUCGCGCCGUUGUCUCCUUUGAGAAGGAGGGACCUCAAUGGGAAACUCUGGACGAUGGCCGGCUGUACCUGCAUGUCUCGCCGACGUGGCCGGAUACUGGGCCGAAGACCGUGUUCUCGGAAGUGUCGUGGUGUUUGGCCCAGGAGAGUCCGGAGCUGAGUUGA